AGCUCCUUCUUGGUGGGUCAACAUGAACGCUCUGACUGUACUCUGUAUGGCGGCUGCGGUGGCCUACAGCAGCGGGCAGCUUCUAACUUACUCUGGCCUGUAUGGUGGCUAUCCUCGGAUAUAUGGCGCCUAUCCUGGUGCAUAUGGCGCCUAUCCUGGUGUCUAUGGAGCCUAUCCAGGUGUGUAUGGCGCAUACCAUGGGCUCCUUCCUGCAGCUUCACCAAUUACCCUUAAAUCUGUGGCUGCUUCACCUAUCACAAUAAAGGCUGCUCCCUCUCCUAUCACCAUCAAUGCUGUAGCUCCAACACCUUUGACGUACAACGUGGCUCCUAUUGCCCCUGUGACUCCCGUUCAAUCCAAAUAUCACGCACAGGACGAGCUGGGCCAGUAUUCCUUCGGCUACUCCGGCGGUCCUUCGUCGCGAGCUGAGACUCGUGACGCCUUCGGCAUCGUCCGCGGAUCGUACAACUACGUGGACCCUGAGGGUAAGGUUCAGACCCAGCACUAUGUGGCAGACGCGCUCGGCUUCCGAGUAGCUGGCACUAAUGUUCCCGUGGCACCCGAUGUCCCUGCGGCUACUCUAGGUUCCCUGCCAGAACCAGUACAGGACACUGCCGAGGUCACCGCCGCUAGGGCCGCCUUCAAGGUUGCUUAUGAUGAAGCCGCGGCUGCCGCCGCUGCUGCCCCCGAUAGCCGCCAUCCUGACCCCUGCUAUGUUGACGCUAAUGGCAAGGUUAAGACCCAGAACUAUGUGGCAGACGCACUCGGCUUCCAUGUGGCUGGUACCGAUCUGCCCGUGGCACCUGAUGCUCCCAAAGCUGCUGAUCCAGGUCCUCUGCCCCAGCCCGUUCAAGACACCGCCGAAGUGGCAGCCGCUAAGACCGCUUUUAAAGCUGCUUACGACAAGGCCGCAGCCGCCGCCGCUGCGGCCCCUGACAGUCGCAAGAAGCGUUCAGUCGUGGCCGCCCCAGUUGUCUACUCUCCCAACGGCUUCUCCUACGGGUUCUCAGCUCCCUUGACUUAUGCCAGCCCAUCUAUACUAGGCGCCCCUCUCACUUACUCGGCCGCCCUGCCAGCAUAUACCGGUGUUCCCGCCCUAGGCUACACUACAGCGGUCGCCGCCCCAGCUGCUACCCUUCGCGACGCUCAGCUUCUCCGUAUCGUGCACAACCCUGGUCAUGCUGUCUCCUACCGUGUUGACUAUGUUUACAAGAGUCCACCAGCGAGGCGGGCAACAGGUGGGUCAGCACUCCCAGGCCACGCCAGCUGCCGCUCCCUCUUCACCAUCACCCGGGCCCCAGACAACUACCUGUGGUUCCCAGAAAUGUCUGAAGCUAUCAGACGGGUGCGACAUCUUAUUCAAAAGAGGUCAUCACCAAUGGGAGCUACAUCAGAGGAUUACCGUCGUCUUGGGGAACUGCUGCCAGCUCUCUUAACCAUUCAAGACAACAAUAGCACUAAUGGUCAAGGGGGAAACCAGACAAAGAGAGAACCAUCAGCCACUCUUCGGUCAACUACCAGACUUGGUGCUACCGGCGGAGUGCUGCCGUAUGUCCCUUGUACUAUAGCACCCUUUGACGACCCUGCUACCGUCACCGCCUGUCUCAGGAAGAGACUGGCCAAGGGCGCUCUAUGGAUCGAUUUCUUUGGUGACUCUAAACUCAGAGUGCUGUUUUAUGAGUUUCUUCGACGAACGGACAGUGAAUACCACUACAGGGUCAAACUUCAGAUUUCUCAGAAGACCCGCAUCUUGGUGAUCGCUGAGUCCCGUUACCGAGAACAUGCGGUCAGCAACCUCUUGAAAAACUACAGGUUUCUCUAUGGAGAUGCCUCCAUAGACUGGAGCGCGAUGGUGUUCCUGUAUUACUUGCAGCAGUAUAAGCAGCAGCAGUCUCCUCAUACACCGUCUAGGGCUUCUACUGCUCACACAACACCAGUUACUUGGUCACAAGAUGAAAACCUACACCAUGAUGAUCCAACUCCCAAAGCACAUAGUCAGACCAUCCUGGACCAUAUGGUGCCCAGAGAGGCCGAUGAUGGAGUGUGGUGGUGGGACACUGGCCUGCCCCUCAAUAUGGCUGCGAUCGGUGAGUGUGAUGAACUCUACCAUCGUGGCCUGGCGUCCAUUCCCGCCUAUAAUGGAGCACACCUGAAGUGUUACGACACUCAUCACGCGGGCACAGCUACCCUCAGAGACAUGGUGACCAUGUUGUUCAAUCUCAUGUGCAGCUCCUCAUUGUGGAUCAACAUGAACGCUCUGACUGUGUACGCCUUCGCGGCUCUUGCGGCUUGCUGCGGUGCCCAGCUGUUUGGAUAUCCAGGAGCAUACAGCCCCUACUUAGGCAACUUUGGAGUCUCUCCGAAUAGCCUAUUCGGUGCUCCAGUCCCAGUGUCCUCACCAUCUUUCAGUCCUCUAGUAUACAACGCAGGAAGCUUUGCUCCCGUCCAGUCCCAGUACCACGCCCAGGACGAACUGGGCCAGUAUUCCUUCGGUUACUCCGGUGGUCCUUCGUCCAAAGCUGAGACUCGCGACGCCUUUGGCAUCGUCCGCGGGUCAUACAACUAUGUUGACGCUAAUGGCAAGGUUCAGACCCAGAACUAUGUGGCAGAUGCACUCGGCUUCCAUGUGGCUGGUACCGACCUGCCCGUGGCACCUGAUGCUCCCAAAGCUGCUGAUCCAGGUCCCCUGCCCCAGCCCGUACAGGACACCGCCGAAGUGGCAGCAGCUAAGACCGCUUUUAAAGCUGCUUACGACAAGGCCGCAGCCGCCGCCGCUGCGGCCCCUGACAGUCGCAAGAAGCGUUCAGUCGUGGCCGCCCCAGUUGUCUACUCUCCCAACGGCUUCUCCUACGGGUUCUCAGCUCCCUUGACUUAUGCCAGCCCAUCUAUACUAGGCGCCCCUCUCACUUACUCGGCCGCCCUGCCAGCAUAUACCGGUGUUCCCGCCCUAGGCUACACUACAGCGGUCGCCGCCCCAGCUGCUACCCUUCGCGACGCUCAGCUUCUCCGUAUCGUGCACAACCCUGGUCAUGCUGUCUCCUACCGUGUUGACUAGAUGUUGUAGAGUACGUAGCCCAGAGGCUGGUCGCUACCGUGUUGACUAAGUGUUGUAGAUCACGUAGCUCAGAGGCUGGCUGCUUGGUACCUGUUGUACAGUUAACCAUUGUUACUUGUGUUUUCGCAGGUAAAAACUAAAUCAGGUAUCAGUAACCGGUGAAUUGCCUCUGGUCUGCUGUUGACAACCCAUCCAGGCGUCACGCAGUAGAGAGCGUAUUCAUGUUUCCACAAUUAAACAUUAUAAGCACUUUGUCAAAUACUUUAAUAAAAGAUUAUUUUUA